AUGAUAAUCUCCCUUCCAGAUAAGCAAAUCGUCGCAGAUUCGCUGCGCAGCUAUGUAGCAGUUAGCGGCAACGUAGUUGGUCGAGCAUUGACCAAUCUACACAGUCUUAUUCAAAUGCCCACUGGUUGUGGUGAGCAGAAUUUGGUUAAAGUGGCGCCUAGCGUCUAUGUGCUCCAACACCUCCUUCUUAAUCGUCAGAAAAAUUACACCAGAGAAGAUGAUAGUUCUCGUUAUAAUCGCAUUAUCAAGAAGGCUGCCAAGUACAUUUUGGAUGGCUUCGAGAACCAACUAUAUUAUCGCCACCCGAACAAUGGAGCCUUCUCCGUAUUCGGCCCUCAUCAUAGCACCAAUGGAAGCACCUGGCUUACUGCCUAUGUCUUCGAAGUCUUUAGUGAGGCUGAGAAAUUGCCAAUUGUCGCCAUCGCAGGGCAGCGUCUAGAUGCUCAUGACAUCCUUUCUAGCGCUUUUGAUUUUCUCCUCAGUCAACAACAAACUUCUAGAGAUGGAUGCUUUGAAGAGGGUGAUAGCCGUUUCUUGCCAUGGGUAAAGAACUCCAACGAAGUCGAGAAUCGGCUUCAACUCACUGCGCAUGUACUUGCUGCACUCGGUUCCGCCAGCACUGCAAUGAGAGAAGCCAAAGGUGAAGGAUUUAGACAUUGCGUGCGUUCCGCUAUUCGAUGUGUUGAAUCUACAGUGCAGCAUCAGCCCUUAAUUAGGUUGUCUACCAUCCUGUUGGCUAAAGUAGUCUACGCCACCAAAGCAUUUGUGAGUGAGGUCACUUCAUCAAUACGCAAGGCUAUGAUUAUCGAAUUGAUGAGCCGAUCAAAGAUGAAAUCCACUAUCAGUGGGUCUUUGAGGUGGUGGGCAGAUUCGGCGUCUAUGGUCACAGGAAGCCACCUCACCAAGGUACUUGAUUUGGAAACCACAGCAUACUCUCUGCUUGCACUUAGUCCCGCUGAUCUAUCUCAGGAGGAUCAACUGGCCACGAUGAAAUGGAUUUUACAACAGCAGAAUGAGAAGGGAGGCUUCUACUCCACAAAGGAUACAGUAGUUGCAUUACACGCUUUAACGCAAAGUGCAGAGACAUUUCCUUCGCCCAUUCAAGCUACUUCGAUAGUGAUUCAUUCUGGACCGCAAUUCCUAGUCAAUGUGCGGGUAGAUUUAAACAAAGGUAAUCGGUUAAUUACGCGUAUCUUUGAAGUUGGGGCACACAAUCAGAGUGAAAUUUCAAGUCUUCAAGUACGCAUAAAGUCAGCGGCUCGGGUUUGCAUUUCUAUCUUCUUCACAGCUAUUUACAAUGUUCCCCAAAUACGAAGUAAAAAGAAUAUUUUUGAGGUUGAGGUCGUUGUUAAUCAUAGUACUAGCAGUGCAACUGUAGCUUGCACCACGGCCCUCAUCACCCCGUGUUUGCGCUCUACACACGCGCAAGCUACUGGUAUGCUUCUUAUGGUUCUACAAUUGCCCAGUGGGUGGAUAGUGACAGUGGAUGAGUUGGAAAAGGUGACUUUCAAUGCAGGAUUGCGAAGGCUUGAGUUCAAUGCCCACAAACAGGAAGUGAGUGCCUAUCUUAAUGGAUUUUCAAAUGAAAGUAGUGAUGCAGAGAGGUGUUUCACAAUGGCAUUGCACCAACGCACCUAUGUGCAGGAGGCGCAGUCUGGUAUAAUCACUGCCCAUGACUACUAUAACCCACAGGAGAUAGUGAACGCAUCAUUUCAGCUUGAUCCUUGCCAGUUGUACUGGGAACAGCCGCUUGUAGGAGUUGCUACAAGCAACCCUACAUCUUUUGUCACUAAAAACGAAGUCACCAUCCCUACCACUACUACCAUUGAGACUGUCACGGAUUUGAAGUCAUUGUGCCCAAAGUGUGAGAUUAUAGAACAUUUAGACCUACUCGCGCGUCUCAAUAGAUCGUUAUGUCUUCAUAAUCUCUCACUAUACGUAUUUAAAACCUACAAUGCGAUCAAUCGCACUUCAAUUUUUGGACUGUUGCACUCUUUUGAUUAUGGUAAUCGUCUAGCUUCGUGGAAUACUACACUGAUGAUGUUAGAAGAUUGUAAGUGCCAGAUAGUAUUCGAGGAAGUUUUUGGCCUCUUUGGCCCACACAUUCAUCCAGGAAGCACAAAUGUCGUUCUUGCAGGACGUGAUGUGGUGAGCUUAGAGGACUUGGUCAAGUCAACCUCGAAGUUCAAGGAAAUGUUGGAGAUCAAGAUUAAAGAAGUGAACAAUGAUGAGCAAACUAAAUGGUGUGCCAAGAGAAUAUCCUUUUUUGUCCUUCUUAAAAAGCUUGUGACUCGCUAA